AUGGCAGGAACACGCUGGUCACCGUCCGUGGCAGCCAUUUUGCUGCUGAGCACGCUUAGCGCUGUCCAUGCCAUCCAGACAAUCUCCGCCGUCGGGUCCAAGUUUUUCUACGAGGACGGGACGCAGUACUAUAUCAAAGGCAUCGCCUACCAGCUCAUCCCGGAAGAUCCCCUGAUUGACACCGCUCAAUGCACGCGAGAUGCGGGCCGCAUGGCCGAGUUGGGCACCAAUGCAAUUCGCGUGUACCAUGUGGACCCCCAAGCCGACCACGACGGCUGCAUGAAAGCAUUCGCAGACGCAGGCAUCUACCUGUUCGUCGAUCUGGACACGUUCGACACGUCCAUCUCACAGGAUGACCCCCACUGGACGCAGCCGCAGCUCGACAGCUUCAAAGCAGUCGUCGACGAAUUCCAACAAUACGACAACACGGCAGGCUUCUUCGUCGGCAAUGAAGUCCUCACCACGCCGGCAGGCUCCUCCGCAGCACCAUACGUCCUAGCCGCGGUACGCGACAUCAAAUCAUACCGGAACGAGAAGAACUACCGCUCGAUCCCGGUAGGCUACUCAGCAGCCGACAUCGCGGAGCUGCGGCCCAUGCUGCAGAACUACCUGGUGUGCCGCGCGGACGCCUCAGAACGGCUGGACUUCUUCGCGCUGAACGCGUACGAAUGGUGCGGCGACGCCUCCUACCAGACCUCGGGCUACCAGGUCCUGCAGUCCCAGGCCGACGGAUUCCCAGUCCCAAUCUUCUUCUCCGAGACCGGCUGCAACACCGUCCGCCCGCGCACCUUCACCGACCAAGCCGCCAUCUUCGGCCCAGACAUGUCGCAGACCUGGUCGGGCGCCAUGAUCUACGAAUGGAUCGAAGAGACAAACGACUACGGCCUGAUCAACUACGGUCCCCACGUCGAUAACCCUGACCCCGCCGCCGCUGCGGCUGUUGACCCCACCACCCUCCAAGACGGCUUCCCUCGCAAAGGCGAUCCCAACCCCAUCGCCCCCGACUUCGAGAACCUGAAGGCCCAAUGGGCCACCCUCAACCCCUCCGGAGUCGCUCUGUCAGAUUACCUGCCCAGCACCGCUGCAAUCACCCUUCCGGAUUGUCCCGCCUCCACGGCUGGCGGGUGGUCGGUUGACCCUAGCGCGCCGCUGCCAACCCUCGGUGAGACAUUCCAUCGUCCCGCCGACUCUGCUUCCCCUACCACUGCCACCGCGUCAGGCGCUUCGGCCUCGGGCUCGUCAGGGAGCGAGGCUACUGGCUCCAGUUCUGGUUCUGGUUCUGGUUCUGGUUCAAGCAGCUCAUCAAUCACCCAAUCCCGCGCGGGAUCGACCCCGUCUGCAUCGCCCACAUACGAGCUCAGUAACGAUUGGAGUUGGAUUCUGUAUUGGCAUUUGGAAAGCGCACGCAUGUCUUACGGCUUUGUUUUGUUUUGGGUUUGGUUUGGUUGGGUUGGGUUGGGUUGGGUUGGGCUGGGUUUGGUAUAG